AUGAAUUCAACUUCACUCAGAGCGUGGGAUAUCACAUGUGCGCGCUUGACAGAAGCUUACUGGUGGGCAGAGCUAUAUAACUUCACCUCAAGGGUCAUAACUCUUUCCUACAUGCGCACGGAAUCUACCACUCAUCAUGCUUUCAAUCAUGCCCGAGCAUCUCCGGUUUGCAUAGAACCGCACCUACGGGACCAGUGUUGUUCACAUUUCGAUGAUGGUAUGCGUCUAGAGCAUCCUAAAGCCUGGUUGCGCUUUCCCAAUAACAUGCCACCCACAAAUCUCAGAAACUUUUUCGGUCCUUCCUAUGCUCCAACGCUUAUGCAUGCAAACGCCAUCCAGAUCUUUAUCUAA